CCCGUCGGGCCGGCUCCCACGCCGCUCCGGGCACCGCGUCCGACGCAGCGCCUCUUGGGCCCCGCGUGGGCGUGUGUUUACACGCGGGCCCCGCAGCGCACGCACGCACGCGGCGUCACGUGACGUCAGACGCUGUCCCGGAAGUUGGCGCGGGCUGGGCGGCGGGUGGAAGCCGGUGCCGGAGCGCGAGUUGCAGCGCCGUCGCCUUCGCCGCCUGGGCCGGGGUCGCCGUCCCGCCCGCCCGCCCACCCGCGAUGGGCACCGGGCCCUGAGCGCCCCGCCCGCCCGCCUUCCCACAGCGACCCCGCCCGGCCGCGAUGGAGGCGCCGCCCGCGGGCCGCGUUCCCGCCGAGGGCGCCCCGCCGGUGGCCGUGGCCGAGGUGCGCUGCCCGGGCCCCGGGCCGCUGCGCCUGCUCGAGUGGAGGGUGGCGGCGGGCGCGGCCGUGCGUAUCGGCUCCGUGCUAGCCGUGUGUGAGGCCGCCGCCUCCGCGCAGCCCGCCGGUCCCGCCCCGGCCCGGGCUGGCUCCGGGGGCUGCGUGCGCGCCGAGCGCAGGCUGAGGUCGGAGCGCGCCGGCGUGGUGCGGGAGCUGUGCGCGCAGCCAGGACAGGUGGUGGCCCCCGGGGUGGUUCUGGUGCGUCUGGAAGGAUGUAGCCACCCGGUUGUCAUGAAAGGCUUGUGUGCUGAGUGUGGCCAAGACCUAACCCAGCUGCAGAGUAAGAACGGGCAGCAGCAGGUGCCUCUGUCCACGGCCACGGUGUCGAUGGUGCACAGUGUCCCAGAGCUGAUGGUGAGCUCCGAGCAAGCUGAGAAGCUGGGACGGGAAGACCAGCAGCGGCUGCAUCGAAACAGAAAGCUGGUGCUCAUGGUGGACUUGGACCAGACGCUGAUCCACACGACGGAACAACACUGCCAGCAGAUGUCCAACAAAGGCAUCUUUCACUUCCAGCUGGGCCGGGGCGAGCCGAUGCUGCACACCCGUGUGCGUCCUCACUGCAGGGAGUUCCUGGAGAAGAUUGCCAGGCUCUACGAGCUGCACGUCUUCACGUUCGGGAGCCGGCUGUAUGCCCACACCAUCGCAGGUUUUUUAGACCCAGAGAAGAAGCUUUUUUCUCAUCGAAUAUUAUCACGGGACGAAUGUAUUGACCCGUUUUCUAAAACAGGGAACCUCAGAAAUCUCUUUCCCUGUGGAGACUCAAUGGUUUGCAUUAUUGAUGACCGAGAAGACGUCUGGAAGUUUGCCCCCAAUCUGAUCACCGUGAAGAAAUACGUCUACUUCCAGGGCAUAGGGGACAUCAACGCCCCAUCUGGGUCUCGGGAGUUGCAGGCAAGAAGGAAAGUAAAUCAGUCUCCGAAAGGUGCCGACGUCCCAGAACAAGCUCCGUCCGUCAGGGAGACUGAGGAAGGACGGCAGGUUUCUGGGGUUGAGCAAAGUAAUGGCCUUGGGAAGCCCACGAGGGAGCUCAACGGGGGUGCCUCUCCACGGGGGGACUGGCCCCUGCCUGGGCAGGAGGAGGAGAGAGGCAGCCGGCCUACUGCCCGUGGCCCCUUGGCUGAUGGCAAGGGCCCCCCAGCAUGUGCUCAGCAGCAUGAUCGGACAUUGCCGGAAAAGCGGUCAGCUCAGGGCCCGGCAGGCGGUGACCUGGACUUUGACCUUUCCAGCGAUAGCGAGUCAGACGCCCAGUCAUCCUCUGAUGGUGAAAGUGGGGAGAGGAGGAGCCUGGAAAGGCCUCAGGGAGCACGAGAUGCAGGAAAAGUGGCACAGCGGGGCGGCCCCCCUGCCCCAGGAGGGGAGAGGCCCACAGGAGUGAGUCCAUGCGGAGAGUCUGCCCCAGGCUUGCAUCCGGAUGUGCAGGAGGAGGGUGAGCGGGACGGCCUCUGCGGGCUGGGCGGUGGCUCUGCGGAUAGGAAGGAGGCCGAGACCGAGUCCCAGAACAGCGAGCAGUCGGGCAUCACGGCGGGCGAGUCCCUGGACCAGAGUGUGGAGGAGGAGGAGGAGGAGGAGGAAGACGGGGAUGAGGACGACCACCUGGUCUACCUGGAGGAGAUCCUUGCCCGAGUGCACUCUGACUACUAUGCCAAGUACGAUCGGUACCUGUGCGGGGACAGCCAGGAAGCCCCCGACAUACGGAAGAUCGUCCCAGAGCUCAAGAGCAGAGUGCUUGCGGAUGUUGCCAUAAUAUUUAGUGGGCUGCACCCGACGAAUUUCCCCAUCGAGAAGACGCGGGAGCACUACCACGCCACAGCCCUUGGAGCCAAGAUCCUCACGCAGCUGGUGCUGGACCCAGACAACCCCGACAGGGCCACGCACCUGAUCGCAGCGAGGGCAGGCACAGAGAAGGUGCGCCAGGCCCAGGAGUGCGGGCAGCUGCAUGUGGUCAACCCCGACUGGCUGUGGAGCUGCCUGGAGCGCUGGGACCGGGUAGAGGAGCAGCUCUUCCCGCUCAGGGACGACUACGGCAGAGUGCAGAGGGAGGAUGGCCCAGCAGCCUUUCCUGACAGGCAGGGUGCGCUUCCGACUGCCUUGUUCCACCCGACGCCCGUCCACCCCAGGGCCCAGCCUGGGCCAGAAGUUCGCAUCUAUGACGCCAACACGGGCAAGCUCAUCCGGAAAGGUGCUAUGGGCCCCGGGCCCCCUGGCUCCCUGGCGGUCCACACGGAGCACUCCUCCUUCAGAGUGGUUCAGCCGCCGCGGCAGAUGCUUGCUCAAGAGCUGCCAGAUAACCGACCCGGAGAGCAGCCCGGCCCCAGUGGACGGAAGCGACAGCCCAGCAUGUCAGAGACAAUGCCGCUGUACACGCUCUGUAAGGAGGACUUAGAGAGUAUGGACAAAGAGGGACGCUUCCACCGAGAGAUGUGCAGCGGCCUUGAGUGACGCGUCAGGGCAUCGGCAACGCUGGAAAGCCCGGCUGCGACCCACCGGUGGGGCCGACGGGCGAAUGCUUGCCCCCGUCGUUGACGAGGGCCCGGCCUCGGGCGGGUGGGGCUGCUGGUGGCCUGCAGGGCCCAGCGGGAGACCCUUGCUGACCACCUGCCUGGGUCACGGCCAGCAAUUCAUUGUAGGAUCUUACCGUUACACCACUAAAUAGAUUUAGGCCACAUCGGUGGGGUUUUUGUUUUUUCAGAUGCUUAAUUGUGGGAAUAAGGGUAAUAGAGCCUGAGUCUAUUUUGAACUGGAGACUGGAUAUGGUAGGGCUUUUCUUUCGGAACCAAACAGCACUAAGAUAAUUUUGUAAGUCUGUUGUCUGUCUCCUGGGUCGUCUUCAGAAAUGACCGACGUUCACACGUCAGCCCAUCCUGAGUCCCGCCGGCCCCCAGGCCCUGUGGCCCUCACGCCCUGCCCUAGGCCAGCGCCCUUGAGAGAGGGUCCCACCUGCCUGUGGGGGUCUCCGUUUAUUUGUAGGUGGUUGUGCAGCUUCCGUGCAGAAAACCACAUCACGCAUCCAAGUGCACGUGGCCCCUUCUUGGCACUCCCGGCCAGCCCCUCGGCGGCCUCACUCUCUGCUCCGGCACCACGCCACGCUCUGUGUUCAUGGCGACCACUGGGAAGAUGCGUACCCAGCAAAACGUUUCUUAGUUCAUUUUCAUCCGCAGCAGGAAAAUGUUACGCUCAGCACAGAAUCUCACCAGCAACUCAGAUUAUCAUCUUCACAUGCUGGUUUACCUGAUGACGGUUACACUUUGUUUGCAGAUGUGCUGAAUUCCUCUCUUUGCCAUUUUUUUGAACAUUAGCUGGUAUAUGUGCUGUUUUUUGUUUCAUAAAAAUGUUUUCUCCAAGAAAAUUUCCUCAGUGCUACUUGUUUAUCUCUAAGGGAGUUGCUGACCCCCGAGGGUCCGCCGGCACCUGCCUCCCCCGUCCCCCUGGCCGCCCAGCGACACUCCAGUGCUGGGUGGCAACGUGAUUGUGGCACUCACUCCGUGUCAGAGGGGUGGGAAUCUUACCGCAGAAUAAAAGUGCUCACCUUCCGUCACUCUGAGAAAUAAAAAUUAGCCUUCAAGCCUUACAUCUGGCUCCUCGGCAGCAGGAGGUGUGGAGGGCAAGAGCAGUCUUGGACUUCAGACCGGCAAGCACUGGGCUGUGCUGUAAGUGGGGCAAGAACAGAGGUCCAGUCCCAUGCGCCCUGCCAGGGAGACCACAGCUGCGUUUGGGCACUGACGCUGGGCGCCCUGGCCGGUGGCGGCCGGAGCCGAGCCUCUACGCCUGCUUCUCUAACUGGAUUCCCAGUUCUUGGGAAGCACGGUGGGCCACAGACUGCACGGUUUAGAAAUCGGAAGCCGAGAAGCAGGGAAACGAAUGUGCACAGCCCAGCCCAUGUACGACGGGGUCCCUCUUGUCUGCAGUUCCAUCCGGAGCAGAAAAGGUCCCCAAGAGCCACCGCAAGCAGCUGAGACUGGAGGGACAGUCCCGGGCCCCCGGCUGCUACGUGUGGUCAGCGGGUGGCGCGGCGGCCGCGGGUGGUCUCAGAGCGGCUUCGUGCCAGGUCACAUGGGGAUGUCCUGAACCGAGUGUGCCCCUGACAGGAGGGACACCCAGGUGUCAGAAGAUGCUGUCGCCACCCGGUCCCCUUCUGAAACGCCCACGCCCAGAGAGGGUCCUAAAGCACCGUUGUCCAAGUGGCGGGAGACGCACGUCGGCCUCGCUGAGCACUGCUGGAGAGCAGACGUGCUGCCUCAGUGGACACUGGUCUUGGGCCCUUGCUCCGCGAGCUUGGAGAAGUGACACUCAGUCCUGCGUCUGCUUCGCUGAGUCUCACGUGGCGUGCCACACUCACACACGGCUCUGGGUCAGGAGGAGAGAGCAGACACUGUGAGAUGAGGAGCUGUGCGACAGUCGUGCUUCAGAGAGCACCCUAGUCUGCGAGGCAGUGACCCCGAGGUCUUUCAUUAGAGUAGAAGGGAGGGUGAGGCUUGCAGGAAAUUCUGAAAGCUUUGGAGAGAAUCCCAGGAAGCUUCCUAAAAACUGGAGUGGGUUGUGAUAGAAAGGGUCAUGUUUCCACCAGCAACAUUGUCGGACUGGUUUUAUUUUCUAACAGCCCUCGUUCUUUUGAGAUAAUUCAGGGUGGAUUGCUUUUCCAGAGUUGUCCUGGUUUCUGUAGAAAUUUGUACAGAUUGGCGACCUGACUUAGGUGGCCUGCUUUUUGCAUUUUUUUCUUGGAUUUAUCAAGAACAUCCAAAUGAAUAACAAAAUCUGUUUUGUAUGAGUUCCUUCAGUGGUCUGUCUGCCAAAAACAUUUGUUUUUAAUACAGUUAGGUUCUAGGAAUUGUGGGAUCUGCCACAGGCCCCCUGGCAUAAUUCUGUAUACGUAUCAGGCAGUUCUCUCACUCAGUUCAGUAGUUGGAGGGUCCUGGGAAAUAGGAUUGAGAAAUGUGAGAUUACUCACCUUUGUCAUGUCAGGAGGUCCCCAUACCCACCUCUGCCCUGUCCUGAUUCCCCCCAGUGCUCACCUCUGCCCUGUCCUGAUGCCCCCUGUGCUCACCUCUGCCCUGUCCUGAUGCCCCCUGUGCUCACCUCUGCCCUGUCCUGAUGCCCCCUGUGCUCACCUCUGCCCUGUCCUGAUGCCCCCUGUGCUCACCUCUGCAGUCACUCCAGGCCUCCUGUAGUUGUAUUGAAUCCGCCAGGGGGGGCUCUUCCGACGGGCUGCAGUCCGCAUCGACAGGUGCUCCACAGCCAGGGUGUCCCACAGGGUGUCCCACAGUGUGUCUGUCAGAGGCCCUUUGUCUGGGACCGGACGCCUCUCCCAGCCCCCAGCAGCCGCAGUCCCCUUCGUUUCUGUCCCUGCUUUGUCCUGCUGCCAGAGUUCUCUGUAAACGCAGCUCAGCUCAAGUCCCUGGAGGCGCGUCUCACUGGUGACGAGGUACUCUGGGUACUGCAGGGCCUGCCCCUGGCUUCUCCGUCCUUGUCAUGCACCAGGCAUCGUGCCGGCAUCUCAGACCAUCCUUGCAAACCACGGUCUGAGACAGAAUCUUCUGUGGACUGUUUCCAAAGAGUUCUAAUGCCAGCGUGGCCCCCCUUAUCCAGGGGAUCACUUGCUGCAGGCUCGGGUACCUGCAGCAGGCCAUGCUCCAGAGGCUGGGGGUCCUCCUCUGGGCGCGUGGUCAGAUGGUCAGUAGUGGCCUGACGUCCUUCGCCCCCUUCGUGUCUCCCCCAGAGGAGGAAGAGCGGGAGCAGCGAGGUGAGAGGAGGUGCGGUGCUCUGAGAGAGACCACGUUCACACACGUCUUACCAGCAACGUGUCGCUGUGACGUUGUGUUUCACCGCUAGUUACUGGUAACCUUUCCCUGUCGAUUCAGCUUUAUCCUAGACACGUAUGUAUAGGGUUCAGGCAGCCCCUGGGGUCCUGCAGCGUACCCCGUGCAUAGGGAGGGACUGCUGUAUAUGCCGUCUAGUGUGAUUAUUUCUGUUUUUAGUCCUGUUGGUGCCAGUUGACUUUGUGUCUUGUCAUUCACACAAAGCAGAGCUUUUUGCCAAGACUCCGUGACCGCGGUCACCCUUUGCUGUGGUUCAAACACAAGUGGUGACACCGUGGGCAGUUUGAGCUCAGUGGCGGGUUCUGUCAUGCACGAGAUGGCGAGCCUCAUUUUGUAGUACGGAUGCUUUGGUUUUGUUGAGUUUGUAGGCUUGCUUCUGACGAGUGAGCACCAUGUGUAAGCAUAGUGAGCUCACGCCUCGUUCCUGCUUGUGUACGGUGAUGCCUUUCUUGAGAGGAGGUGGGGCUCCGUCAUGGGCCUGCUGUUGUCUGGAGAGCUGCGGUCCCACACGAGCUGACCGAAGUGUCCACAAAAUGCACACGCACCAGUGUCCACGCGCAGGGUUUCAUCCAUUUGAUUGGCUCUCGGAGGACUCGCACGAUGCUGGGGAGCUGCCUGGGGGUGAUGUCAGCCUGGUGCCGCACACCCCCACGUUUUCCCUUUUGCUUCGAAGCUGCACUCGGUGCGGGACUCGUGCAUCAGGAGAAUCUUCACAGAGUUGCUUUUCCCACCCCGGAUGGCAGGUCUGCCCCAUCUGGCAGCAAAUACCGUUUUGCAGUUAUAUUCGGAAUAAAACAGGCACCUUUUCUUUUGGCUUCAACGUGUUGAGACGAAGCAAGCUUCUUCCAGAAGCUACACGGACCGCAGCUUGGGGGGGGGGGG